AUGCGCCUGCUCCUCAAGUGCCUGCGGCUGGGCCGGCGGCGGCGUUUUAAGCUGGUGCGGCAGGUGGAGCAGCUGUGGCAGUACGGGCACCUCUGCCUCCGCUCCCUGCUCUACAACUCCUUCACCAACGGCGACGUGGUGCUUGAUUCCCUCUUCGAGCCCGUCUACUGGCUGGUGGACCACGUUACCCGGUGGUUUGGCGUGGUGUUUGUGGCACUGGUGAUCGGGCUGACGAGCUCCAUCGUGGCCAUUGUGUACAUCUGCCUGCUGCCCCUCAUCCUGCAGACCUACACACCUGCCUGGAUCUGCUGGCACCUCGCCUACGGACACUGGAACCUCAUCAUGAUCGUCUUCCACUACUACAUGCACCACUGCAGCAUCUGCAACAGGUGCGUGCUGAAGAUGGACCACCACUGCCCCUGGCUAAACAACUGCGUGGGACACUACAACCACCGCUACUUCUUCUCCUUCUGCUUGUUCAUGACCAUGGGCUGCAUCUACUGCAGCAUCAGCGGCUGGGAGAUGUUCCGGGACGCCUACGCAGCCAUCGAGAGAAUGAAACUGCUUGACAAGGAGAGACUGCAGGUGGCUGCCAACCAGACAUAUUACCAGACCCCACCGCCCACCUUCUCCUUCCACCAGCGAGCUUUCCACAAGAGCGUGGUCUACCUCUGGGUCCUGUGCAGCUCAGUUGCGUUGGCCCUGGGUGCCCUCACGCUGUGGCACGCCGCCCUCAUCACCCGUGGGGAAACCAGCAUCGAGCGGCACAUCAACAAGAAGGAGAGGCAGAGACUGCAGAAGAAGGGCAAGGUCUUCAGGAACCCCUACAGUUAUGGCAGCUGGGAUAACUGGAAGGUGUUCUUGGGCGUGGACAUGCCAAGGCACUGGCUCACCCGUGUCCUGCUGCCCUCUCCUCACCUGCCCCACGGGACGGGCCUGAGCUGGGACCUGCCUCCCUGUGUGACUGAGCAGCGCACGCCGCUCCUGGCCAUCUGA